AUGGUGGUGCCGGGCGGAGGGGUGGAGGGCAGCGGUGGUUCGAGGUCGGGAGGAGGGAGGGUGAAGGGCUCGUGGACGCCGGAGGAGGACGAACUGCUGCGCCGGGCCGUGGAGCGGCACGGCGCGCGGAACUGGAGCGUGAUCAGCGCCGAGAUCCCCGGCCGGUCGGGGAAGUCGUGCCGGCUGCGGUGGUGCAACCAGCUCAGCCCCGGCGUGGAGCGCCGCGCCUUCACGCCCGAGGAGGACGCCGUCAUCGUGGCGGCCCACGCCAAGUACGGCAACAAGUGGGCGACUAUCGCGCGGCUCCUCCACGGGCGCACCGACAACUCCGUCAAGAACCACUGGAACUCCACGCUGCGGCGCCAGCGCAGGGCCGCCGCCGCCAAUGCCAACUGCGGCGGGGUCGUCGGGUGCGCGCUGCUGCGGCCCCUUGCGGCCGUCCCGCUCCAGCCCCUGUUGGAUCUCAAGGAGUCGUCGACCUCCGUCCCGUUCCAGCUUCUGGAUCUCAAGGAGGAGGACAAGGAUGACGACGAUGAGGAGGAGGAUGACGAGGAGGACGGCAGCAGCGAGGACUCGGUGCUGGCGCCGCCGCCUAAGAAGCUGCGGCCGUGCGUUCGCCAUCCUCCUCUGGCGGUGAAGCCAGAGCUCACGAAGCCUUCGCCUCCGCCCGCGCCGGCCGACCCGCUCACGUCGCUCUCCCUCAGCCUGCCGGGCGGUGGGACCGUGGUCCCGGAGGCGACCCCGGCAACGCAGGUGGCGAGAGAGGAGGGGAAAGCGAAGGUGAGGGCGAAGCUGGAGAAGGACCCGUGGUUCCUGCCGGUGAUGCGAGAGAUGGUCGUGGAGGAGGUGAAGCGGGCGAUGCAGGGGAAGGACGUGGCCUACUCGCUGGUGGCGAGCAGCGCCGGCGGGGCCGCCAACGGCCAAGAUUGCUCGACCGACCAAUGGCAUCCGACGUGCAACUUCAGAUGAACGGACGGACGGGCAGCGAGCGACCGAUCGACUGAGAGAUCGACGACGAGGAGGAGAGACGACGUACUGCAAGUUAAUUUCAUCAUCCAACUUGUUGUUGGCUCGUUAAUCGCAUGAACUACUCAGCUACAUGUGCAUCGUCAUGCCUCGAUAGGAUCAAGUUAAUUAGCGUAGCUCAUCGAUCGAUUUACUCUAGCUAGCAGCAAAUCUGCAAGUAAUU